CAUUCCCAGAGAUCGGUGCUGUGCUUAAGCCCUUUCUCUGGUGCCAGCAAGCCCAAUGUAGGGUUGCCAUAUUUCAAAAAGUGAAAAUCCAGACAGAAAAGUUCUUCUUCUCGCAAAGAAAUUGGACGUUUCCGAGCUAUAUCCGAGGGAAAUCAGCAGAAACUACACUGCCGGCAUCGGCUGCCAUACGGCCGGAUUCGUCCGGGAUAUUCCGAACACAUGGUGAACCAGCAAGAAAAGAUGAUUGUAGUGGGCCCGGCGUGUACGUAUUUUGCCCAGAAGAGAGAAAGGGGACUAGAGGCGGAGUCGUCUUCUUUCCCUCCACUUGGAGACAUUGAAUUUUAACAGUUGAAAUCUAAAGCGAGAGCUGAAACUGCGACCUGUCACUCAGGCGGUUGCUCAGCAACGAGGUUCAACAGCUGCUUGCGCAGCGCUUGCGUGAAGCGAAAGUCGCUUCGAUCUACGUCAGACAUUCACCCUUGGUUGCUAUGUUGCCGCCUGAAAACGGCGGCGGGGGCUUAGCUUUAAAAACUGUCCCUAAGGUUGGCUGACCCACAAGGUUCAAACCCUCAGAGCCAGAAAGUUCACAGAGUAACCUUGAUCCACCGUCUGGGGGCGGGCUCAACGUCGGGCGAUUUGACUUUGUCGUUGGUCAGAGGGCCAGCAAGUCAAUGUGCCGUUUUGCUGAGAGGCGUUACCUCACAGAGGCCGCCGCGGCGAUAGGCUUGCUGGCACAUCAUUCAGCGCUACCGUCAGGCAAGACCUCCUCGAGAGUUGAAUUCCCGACAGCGGCCGCGCUCGAGCAUCCUGCGAUUGGCUAAUAUCCCUUUAGGUCAUGCACGGGGGAGGGCGCGUCGCGGCGAGCCCUGCUCUCCGAUAGGUUGUGAGAGGAACCGCGGCGAGAAAGCGACCUUUCGGGAUGGGCGGCGGGUGAAGGGCUGGCGAAGCGGCCAUGGCGGGAGGAAUGAACGUAGCCUCGGGGCGACCUAAGCUUUGCCGCCUCCUUCUCCUGCUCCUCCUCGGGACCAUGGUCCUCUUGGUGCCGGUGUGUGGCUCAGUAGAUAGAGUGUUGCCUCUUGAAGAUCAUCGCAUGCGAAAAGAGAAUUCCUCUAAGCAGUUUUGCUACACAAACAAGGUGACCCCAAAAUGGCAUGACAUAUGGACCAGAAUUCAGAUACGAGUAAAAAGCAGCAAGAUGAUCCGAGUCAUCCAGGUGGAAAAUGAGGAAAAGCUUAAGGAACUGGAGGGAUUCAAUGUGUGGAACUACAUCGGCUCCUUCUUCAAAGAGAAGCUCAAUGACACCUAUGUUACUGUAGGUCUCUACAGUAAUAAAACUUGCUUGAAAGUUGAUGUGCUUGAAGAAGGCUCCAAUUACACCAUCAUCGUUGCUCGUACAUUUGAUCCCAAGCUCUUCGUGGUUACAUUUCUGGGCCUUCUGCUGUUUUUCUGUGCUGACUUGAUGAGCAGAAGCCCAUUUUUCUUCUAUUCGGCUGGAAUAAGCAUUGGCAUGCUAAGUUCAUUGCUAAUUGUCAUCUAUGUAAUGUCCAGAAUGGUGCCCAAGAAAAGUCCCAUCUACCUCAUGCUAGUGGGAGGCUGGUCUUUUUCUGUUUACCUUAUUCAGCUGGUCUUCAGAAACCUGCAGGAGAUCUGUAAAUUGUACUGGGAAUAUCUGCUGGGUUACUUGCUCAUUGUAGGGUGUAUCAGCUUUGCAGUGUGCUACAAAUAUGGGCCCCUGGAGAACGAACGCAGCAUCAAUCUCCUCACUUGGGGUUUGCAGGUUCUUGGCUUGCUUUUCCUCUACGCAGGCAUCCAGAUACGGCAGAUCGCCAUCGCGCUGAUCGUAAUUGCAUUCUGCACUAAAAACCUGGAGUACCCAGUCAUGUGGGCCUAUGCUAUCUACAGCAGGAAGGUUUCCACAGUCCCAGAAAAGCCCAGCCCACCACGUCUGCUAACUGAGGAGGAGUACCGGAUACAGGGGGAGGUGGAGACACGCAGAGCCCUGGAGGAAUUGCGGGAGUACUGCAGCAGCCCAGAAUUCCCUGCCUGGAAAGCAGUCUCCCGCAUCCAGUCUCCGAAGAGAUUUGCCGAUUUUGUAGAAGGUGCUUCGCAUGUGGUCCCCAAUGAGGCCUCUGUUCAUGAGCAGGAAUAUGGGCUGGGAGGUUCUUUUCUGGAGGAUCAGCUCUUUGAAGAGGAAGAUGGAGAGCGAGGCUACAGCUUUGAAGAAGAGGAACGUGUGGACACCUUUUGCCCCCAGAACCAUCUGAAUUUCUGAAACAAAGCCGGCUAGUAUACAUGCAAAUAGAUUGGUUGGUAAUGCCCCUUGUUGACAUGGGGUAGGAGUUGCAGUGUUGCUGCUCUCGUGUUACAGUGAUCACAUGUAUACCUAGUCUCCUGUGGAUAGCACAUACAGAACAAGGUGUAUAUGCUUGGCAGACUGCACAAAUGGGCUGGGGUUCUACAGGCCAUUAAAUCCCUGCUGCCUACACUAAACAACGAACUGAACAUGCAGUGAGCAACACGUGGGGCAGAGUCCUGGACUCAGUAUCUUGUGGGCUGUGAGUGUGAAUGAGGCUAGGCAACUGGGGAGCAGGGUGGAGUUGUGACAAUCUAUUUAAAACCUGCCAGUAAUGAAUUAUUUUGCCUUGAUUAGACAGGGGCUCCAGAGGAAGGGCUUAAAAACAGCAAUGUGUAAUGUCCAGCUGAGUUAGGGUUUGCCGUAAGGAACUGGUGUCAUACUUUGUUUCUUGGAAGCCCAGAAUGCUGUCGUCCGAGGUCUGACUUUUCGUGGUGUCUGUGGUGGUUAGUAGAGAUGCUGCCCACUUGGUGACUCCUGUGCUUAUCAUUUGUUAGGCAACUCUCUCUUAUGCUAUCAAGCUUGAUCUUGUGCUUGGCACAGUUCUUUAAUGAACAGAUGAUCCACAUUAUGCAUGCUUCAGCUCAAACAGGAUUUUGUCUGCUUGCAAACAAGAUGCAACCCAUUUUUUUGGGUAGCCUUCUACUGCUUUCUGUGUUUUUGUUUGUUUUGAACUAGUUUCCUCCCAACAUAAGUUUGCCUCUGAAGCUGCUAUUUGGUGUCAGAAAGUACCAACUAACUGAUACAGGUACUAUAAUAGGAUUUAACAUGCCUUGCUACUUUCAAGCACCUGUUUGGCCCUCUAGUUACCACCUGGCUUUCAAAAUUCUGACAGCUAAGUUGGAUCCUCAGGGGUUUGUUCCUUUUAGCAGAUGCAGCUUGGCACAAUCUAAUAAAGAGCUGUUAAAUUUGAUAGGUGACUAAGGCUAUCAAAUUCUACUACCUUUUUUACUUCCAGGGUAGUUCCUAAAUCAGGAAUUACAGACAUAAUGGCAACCUGAUUCACUUAGGUGUAGGUCCUUAUUCCCAUAUUUCUUGAGCCUUUUUCAAAUUAGUUUCUACAGAGAAAUGUAGCAAAGGCCUACAUUUUCAAAAUGGUUGUUUUUCCAGAGAUCAGUUGAAUUGUAUCUUUUAAGAGUGGGUGGUAUGAGGCUGCAUGAACUUCUUUCAGGAAUAACUCCCUCAAAAUAGUUGACGGCAUAUGACAGAUUUGACUGCUUAUAUGUGCCUUAUUUACCUAGUCUUGUAGCAAUAUGAGCAAACACAGAAAGGUGAUAAUAGCUGUCAUGUAAUGUGUUCUGGCUAUUUUGUUUCUUCUCUGUAGCCUGAUACUUGUGCAAAUGCUGCCCUGUAUAUUUGGCAGAACCUGGUCAGCAGGAUUUUUGGGAUUGAAAUGGUUCCUUUUCUCCAUAUUCAGAGAUCAUAAAAACAAUACAGUUGAUCAGAAAAUGGGGAGAACUCCAUGCUGUUGGUAUACUUUUUGAGUGAAUUUAGUGUUACAAGAAACAUGGGACUAUUUCUGAAAAUUGCAACCCCCUGUCUGCAUCCCGCUGCCUUUCUCCAAAAUGGUACAAAUUAUCUCAUGCCCUGAUGACACAUUGCUGUACUUUCUCCACUAUCUGCAGCUAGUGAUGUGGAACACAGAGAGGAAAUGGGAAAGCAUUAUGAUAAUGGGACCAGGGCAAGUUGUACUAGACUCUAUGGGUAAGAGCGGGAGAGAAGAAAUGUCAUGGGGCUGGCCUUGGCCACUGCCUUCAGUUUUUUCAGUUCCAAAUUCAGGGCUGGGGAGAAAACUGCUGAUGCCCUUCCCCCCCCCCCUAUUGAGAGCUAAACAGAUUUGAUCAGACAGAAGCACCUGACCUUGUAUAUUUCAAAGUUCACUUGUUUAAAACUUAAAACAAGGGGUUUUGCUCCACAUUCUAUGAAACAGUAUGUGUAAAAUGUCCUCCUCCAAGUGUUACAGCCAAUACAAAAUGCUGAGUUCUCCAACACUGGUUAAAAUUCACUUUGUUACAAAAGCAAAAUACUUGAUCUAUGCAAAUUGGGGAUAUAAGCCAUUACGUAUUUCUGGGGUAGUGGUGGAGGGAAUACCUCCUAACUGUGGUCAAACUGCCUACAGACAGGUUUAAAUAAGUGUGUUUCUCUUUUAUUUCUCUGAGGUGGUCGGUAUUAUUUUUAGAGUUACUUUUAAUGUGAAUGUAUUGAUAUGCCAUCUCAAUGCUUUGUCUUGUCAAGGUUAAGAUUUUUAAUAAAGUCUUUUUUGGUAGAAAAUGAAACUUGUGAUGGUGUGUGGGGUAGACAAAUAUUUCCACCUUCUUAUGGAAAAUUUAGUAGAAGCGUCUUUGUUUUUGUCUAAAAUUGCCUCUUGAUUGUUUCAAGCAGCUAUUUGCUUGUUGGACUGCUCUCUAGCAUUAUGUACAAUAAACCACUUGUGAGUUGGAAGCGUUAUUGAAAAAGAACCACCUGCUCCCAAACUUGAGAAUCUUCUUGCAGGUGGUGAUUGCUGUUAUUGCUUGAUCAGAAAGGCCUGGUCGAUGCUUCUUUAUACAGCAAGCCUGCAAUUUAUGCGGAUCUAACUUGUACACAUUAUUUUUUAGCCAAGGGCUAAAGGCACUGGUCAAGAUGUAAUUUCUGGAGUUAUGGUGGGAAUAAUGUGCCUUAGGCAUGCAAAGUCAUAGGGGCUUUACAGAAUAGUAACAGCACCCACACAUCUAGUGUCCAAGGAAGGGUAGCAAUAGCAACCCUCUUGUCAAAUCUGCUCAUGUUUAACCUUAAGGGUGAGAA